AUGUCUCAAAGUUCAAGAAAGGAUGAUUCUGUCAAGACAAAGGUAGAAAGAACAGCUAAAGGAGUCAAAUGCAUGGGUUUGAAGAGUGGUUCUUCGCAACCAUCCUCUGUGUCAAAGAAAGCUCCCAAGCCGAUGAGACCAAGGUACCCUACAAGAAAAGUCUACAGGUCACAGGUUCAGAACAGAGAUCCCACUCAUGUUCCUCUCUAUGAGGAUGUUACUGAUGAAGAGGAGAUCAAUGCAGAAGAUGCUCUUGAGAAAUCUCCUCAUGUUGAUGUACCCAAUGUCGAGACAUCUGCUUCUCAAGAAAAUUCUGAUCAAGAAAAGAAAUCCACAUCUCAUGAAGAUUCAGGCAAUGUCACCAAGCCAGAUGUUUCUGUGUCAUCUCCUUCAAAGGAUGAUGAUUUGAAGAAUGGUGAUUCUGAGGAUACCAAUUCUGAAGAGCCAAUCCUGACUCCAGUCUCUGUUGAGGACAUCUCUGAUGAUGAUUCUGAUGAUGUUCCUCUGACUGAGUCCUUUGUUGAUAGUGUUGUUGCGAGGAUGAAGAAGAAAAGAAGGGUUUCUUCUCCUGAAGUCACUCUUACUCCACAAAAGGGAUCCCAAGUCUUCACCUAUAACAUACAAGUGUGA